AUGACAAGAGUAGAUAAUUCAGAAUUUUUGAAACAGUUAAAUGAAAUAGUAACGAAAAACAAUGGUAAAUCAUCAGUAUACUUAACUCAGAAAAGAUUAUCAAAUAAAGACGAAAUCAAAGAAUCAAAAUCAUCAACUCAAAUAAAGGACUUACCAACAAACGUAAUAGAACAGACAGACAAGGAUAUAAUAGAAAAUACAGAAACGUACCCAAUUUUGAUAAGAAUAUCAAUGAAUAGUGAGAACAACAAAGAUUCCAAAAAUAAAAAAUUAAAAUUAUCAACAGUUAUUGAAAAUGAUCAAAUUAAUCAAUUUUGGUCACAAUAUAUACAAGUUUUGAAAAAUGGAUUUGUUGGGUUGAAAAAGAAAGAUAAGAAAAAAAGUAAAAAGAGUAAAGUAUCUAAAUAG